AUGGCUGGUUGUUCUGGCAUCGGCGUCUAUUGUGGGGUGGCUUCUAAUCUUAAAUUAACUCAAAAACUUUAUGCAAUUUUGCAAGAGCUCGCUGAUGAUAGUUUAAAGUAUCAUGGUUUCACUGGAUUUCAAGAGGCCGAAGAAAAGAGUCAGGUUUUAAGUAAAUCGUUGCCAAUGUUCGUGAUCAUUUUCUUCACAUUUGGAACAAUUUUUCCAAUAUUGGGGAUGUCAUUGUGGAACAUUUAUAUGGGAAAUUAUCAAUCUGAAAUGUGGCUUUUACCCUACCAAGCCAUACCGUUAAUUGACAAAUCCAAUAUAUUCGAAUGGUAUUUUGAAUUUAUUCUUCAAGCUUUUGUCGGAUACGUUUUCGUCUUAACAAUAACAACGACAGUUACGUUUUUUGGUGGAUGCAGUUACUACAUUGAAGCAUGUUUGAAUCAAUUUAAGCAUAUGUUUCAGGAAAUCGAUCGAAACGGUGAAAAUAUCGAAACAGUCGAAAAAAAUAUAUUCAAUACAAUCAUUUUCCACAACAAGAUAAUUGAAUUUUUUGAAAUACUUGCCAAAGUUUACAGUGCAGCGAUAUUCUUUCAUUUAAUAUGCAACGUCCUAUUUUUCGCGGGAGCUCUUUAUCAAACGGAACAGAAUCUCGACAACGUUGGCUUUGAUCUAAUUUUUAAUGUUUUGUGCGUGAUGGAAGGUUUGUCGUACUCAUUUAUUUUGUGUUAUUUUGCCAAUUUAGCAACUUAUUCGAUGAGUGAGAUAGCAAACGUUGUGUGUAACUCGAAUUGGUAUUCUCAACCACCGAAAAUUCAGAAACUAUUAUUAUUGAUUAUUUCACGAGGUCACAAGAAAAAUGAAUUCAUGGGAUUCAAAAUCAUUUAUUGCUCAUUGGAAUCGUUUACGAAGGUAGACACAUUUUCAAUUCUUUUUCUUACACAUUCAUAUCAUACAAUUUUAUUUUUAGCUUAACAAAAA